GUUUCAUCGAGAGGACUGAGGAGGCGCCGUUUGGCAGUUCUGCCUACACUACCAAUGUUUUCUUCUCCACUUCGGCGGAUUUAUCAAUCUCUCUUUCUCUUUCUCUCUCAUUAUUAACGAAGCUUUCUGGAUUUGAACUUCUUCUCCAUCUCUUUUCCAAGCUCUCAGUAAUGGCGUCCGCUUUCCCUACAACCGCCUCAGCUGCUUCCGCAGCAGCAGCAGCAGCAUCAAAGGACUGUCCUCCCUCCUCUUCACGUCUCUCCACCUCCAAUCGUCUUCAUACUCAACGUAAAGUUUCAUUCCUCCUCUCUUCCAUGCCCAGUCUCCGCUUCUCUUCCAAGGGAUUGCAGUCUGGCUGGAAUGUGUGUACUGUAAGAAAAGGGCAACCGAAUAAGGCUGCACUUGGUGGAUCCUUAAAUGCAACAACACCUUUGAUCAAAGCAGAAUUAGAAACAGAAGACAAGGCUGCCAACUCCUCAAGCGUUACUUCUUCUCCAGCUUUGGCUUCGGAGGAAUCUAUAUCGGAGUUUAUUGGUCAAGUUGCAAAUCUUGUCAAGCUAGUUGACUCGAGGGAUAUUGUUGAGCUGCAGUUAAAACAGCUUGACUGUGAACUCUUAAUCCGUAAAAAGGAGGCCCUGCCCCAAUCAGCCUCUCCUGCUCCAUCUUAUGUGAUGCAUUCACCUCCACCUACUGCUGCAGCACCAACUUUCCAUGAUCUUCCACCCCCAGCAACACCAUCACCUUCCGCACCUAGUCCUUCUUCACCCCCAGCUUCUUCUCCCCCAGCUGCCAAGUCAUCACUUCCGUCUCUUAAAAGCCCCAUGGCUGGAACAUUCUACCGAAGUCCAGCACCUACUGAACCACCUUUUGUGAAGGUUGGAGACAAAGUACAAAAGGGACAGGUCCUCUGCAUCAUUGAGGCCAUGAAACUGAUGAAUGAAAUUGAGGCUGAUCAAUCUGGAACCAUUGUUGAAAUCAUUGCUGAAGAUGGCAAGCCCGUUAGUGUUGACACUCCUUUGUUUGUCAUUGAAUCUUAAGAUGGAGAUUAACAAGAUAAGUAGUGGUUGUGAGAUAUGUUAUGUCCUCCCCUCCCAUUUUGUCAUUUAGACAUUGGAUUGAAAUAAAAAAUAAAAAAAAGAACAUUGUUAAAUUCAAUAUUGCGGCUAUUAUUGUUAUUGUAAGUCAUAAAACUGCCGUUGUAUUGGGUUUUCAAGACAUGUUUGAGUUUCAAAAACUGUGUUUGACUUUUUAAUGUUAAGACAUUUUUUAUUCA